CGGAUGACGUGUAUUUAUCGUCUUCCCUCCCCCGUCUUGGAACUUCACGUCCGGUGGUGAGCCCCUUCCGCCUAGCUUCCGGUAGGGGCGAAGCAUCCUGGAGUCCUGGCAGCCUCACUUCCGUUCAAGUUGCAGUUGCAGCUUCCCGUUUCCGUCUUCCCUAAGGGAGAGUAGAGAAUUGUCUCUGUACGCAUGUGCAGAAUCCUCGCCGGAGGGGGAGGGGCUGGAGUUGUAGGAUUGGGAGGAGUAGGAGGGAAUUACAACCUGUGGAACGUUGAGGGGUCCCAGUGGCCGGAUUCUUCCCAUUGGCUAUAGGAAGUGGAGGGGGGCGGAGCCUGGGGCACUGGGGACUUGGAGGGGGUCCCGGGGGUGGGUUGGGGAAGAGGGGGGUGGUGGAGGGGGUCAGUGUUUUAUUUUGGGAAGUUCAGAGGCCUUGAGGUUUGGGCCAAUCCGUGAGACCCCCACCAGGUGCGGGGGGGUGGCGUGGGGAAAACCCGGGUCAGCAUGCGGGACCGGACCCACGAGCUGAGACAGGGGGAUGACAGCUCUGAUGAUGAGGGGAAAGAGCGAGUGGCCCUGGUCGUGCAUCCGGGCACCGCCAAGUUGGGGAACCCCGAUGAGGAAUUCUUCCAGAAGGUCCGGGGCAUCCGACAAACCAUGGGGAGACUGGAGAACAAAGUCAAGGAAUUGGAGAAGCAGCAAAUCACGAUCCUCGCCACGCCUCUUCCCGAGGAGAGCAUGAAGCAAGAUCUCCAAAAUCUCAGAGAAGAGAUAAAACAAUUGGGGAAGGAGAUUCGGACUCAGCUGAAGGCCAUUGAUCCCCAGAAGGAGGAAGCAGAUGAAAACUGUAAUUCUGUCAACAUAAGGAUGAGAAAGACCCAGCAUGGAAUCUUAUCCCAACAAUUUGUUGAGCUCAUCAACAAAUGUAAUGCGAUGCAGUCAGAAUAUCGGGAAAAGAACGUAGAACGGAUCCAGAGGCAGCUAAAGAUCACCAAUGCUGGAAUGGUGUCAGAAGAAGAGCUGGAGCAGAUGCUGGAAAGUGGACAAAGUGAAGUGUUUGUGUCCAAUAUCCUGAAGGACACACAAAUGACGCGGCAGGCAUUAAAUGAAAUCUCCACCCGACAUGGGGAAAUCCAACAGCUUGAACGAAGCAUCCGGGAACUUCAUGAAAUCUUCACCUUUCUGGCCACUGAAGUGGAGAUGCAGGGGGAGAUGAUUGACAGGAUUGAGAAGAACAUCCUCAGUUCAGCAGACUUUGUGGAGCGAGGUCAGGAGCAUGUCAAAUCUGCAUUGGAGAGUCAGAAGAAGGCCAGGAAGAAAAAGGUGGGGAUUGUUAUCUGUGUCGUCAUUGCCGUCCUCAUCCUUGCUUUAAUCAUUGGUCUCAGCGUAGGAACCUAAUAGGACCUUCAUCAACUGAGGUGAGGGGGGAGACCUGGCUUUGGGGGAUUCAUGGAGCCUAAGAAAGAGGUCAACAGCACUGCCUCCUUCUUUAUACCCCCCAAGAGCACAGUUAGGAGGCCCAGCUGGCAAAGGAGGCAGAUGUUUUCCCUUGGAGGGGAGAAGUGGAGUGGGAGGAAGAUGGGUGGCACCUGGAGCCCAUUUUAUCCCUGGUUCUACCCUCCAGAGGUCUCCUGCCCUCUGUACCCUCAUUUUAUUUUCCCCUUCAUUCACCUGAGCUUCACUCCCCCAUCCCUAGAAUUCUAUUCCAGCCCUUUCUAUCCCUCGACUCCCCCCCUUCAGGGUGACUACCAGGUGGUUAAAUGGGGUGGGGAAGCCUCAGAGUGAGGGCAGGAGCAGUGCUUGACCCUUGCUGGGCCUCAGCUCCAGCUUAAAUGGAUUUCUGGGUCCUAGGAUCAUCUGGGAAAUUUUGUAAAAAAUAAAGUUAAAACAGUGUAUUA